CGAUAGCGUAUAUCGUGAUCAAAACAGAAUCAGUGUUAAUGAAUAUUCGACAAUGGAUCGCGAAAGUAGUGAAUUAAUAAAUUGGUUCAAAAAAGCUGCAGGCACAGAAAAAUGUACUGUGGAACUAAAAGGUACAAAGGAAAAAGGUGAUGGAUACGUAGCCGACAUAAUAUUUGCGAAAGUAACACUAGAUGAACCCAAUCACAAUGGAAAACAACUACAUUUAGCGGCCAAGGCGAGUAAACCUUCACAUUCAGGAAAAUUCUUAUCCGAUAUUUGCCAAAGAGAGGUGGAUUUUUUUAAAGACAUAGUGCCGAUUUUCCAGCAGUUCCAACAGGAAAAAAACAUUAAAAAACCCUUCCGAGCGUUACCGAAAUGCUACACAGCUUUCCACACUGAAAAUGCGGAAGUUGUAAUACAGGAAAAUAUGACAACUAAGGGAUACGUGCUGCAUAAUAAAAAAAUUCCUAUGAACAUCAAUCAUAUAAAAUUAGUACUAAGUAAUUAUGCAAAAUUCCACGCUUUAUCCCUAGCUAUUAGAGAUCAAAAACCGGAAGUUUUCGAAAAAAUCGAAAAAACUUGCAACAACAUUGUACUGGAAAAACUUUCUAUGAUACAAGGAAUUUACGAAAAAUCUGUUACGAAAAUUAUUAAUAAUUUAAAUGAAGUGGGUAGGAGAGAUCUUGCGAAAAGAUAUGAAAAAUUGGUGGGACGAAAUGUGAUGGAAACUGUAAGGGACCUUCUACUCGAUAUACCUGAUGAAAGAGUAUUAACGCACGCGGAUUGUCACAAUGGCAACUUCAUGUUCGAGUACAAGGAUGGCAACGAAGAAAGCCCUUCAAACAUGGUGUUACUCGACUUCCAAGUUUCCUUCGUCUUUUCGCCUAUAAUUGACCUGUCUUUAUACCUAUAUUCCGGAGCAUCAAAAGAAGAAUUCUCUCAUUUUACGGAAUUGAUGGAAUUUUACCAUAAUGAACUAUCAUCGUUCUUGUCCCAGCUUGGAAGCGACGUUAGCAAACUAUUUCCGAUCUCGACGAUGUGGCAACAUUGGAAAAAAUAUUCGUUUUAUGGUUUUACCUUUGCCACAGCAUAUUUGGAACUGCUGUUUAUUGAAUCUGAUGAUGUGCCCGAGUUUAAAGAUGAGAAAAAUAAACUAGCAGAUGAUUUUUUCGAUGUAAAUUUGAAAGAUAGAACAAAGUUUUUAGAAAGACUGGUGGUUAGUAUCGAACAUUAUUUGGAUUUUAAUAAAAUUCAUUAGAAAAAUUGUAUUUUAAAUAUUAACUCUCCUAAAUUAUUUCUUCGUGUCUGUCACUUAGUUAAGUUAUUGUUAUUAUAUUAGGAAGACUACAAAGAGAUACUGGAAAAAAAUUGUUAGACGUUGGUGAGUUUUUUUUUACGAACUUGUUAACUGGU